AACGGCACCACAAGAAGGGUCAAGGCAUCCGGCCAAAUCAAGACCGAGCAAACCAUCAACCCAGAAACCACGAAAACUCCGCUGAUACAGAGCGAAGAAACAUUCGCAUUCUUCUGGAUUGGCAUUCGUUCGAGCAACUUGUUCUUUACUAUGAACAGAUUGAUCGGCUCUGUGGUGAAGUUCUUGCUUGCCCCAUCUUGGUGGGAGCAAGCAAAUGGCAAUGAUCAGUUUGGCAGCAGUGUUUCAAGCGAUGCAUCCAAAGAUCUUCCAUUUGUGAUUGGUGCUGGACUUUGUCGCACUGGAACUCAUUCCCUACAAGCAGCAUUGCUGGCCCUUGGUUACAAAAAGCCAUAUCACAUGCGUGAACUCUUAGAACACCAAGUUCCAAUGGAUCCCUGGGUUGAGCUGGCUUUAAAUGAACGAGAAACUGGCACAAAGAACAAAACAUUGGCCCUCGUGACAGCACAAUCUGUGAUUGAUCAAGGGUUCAUGGCCACCACUGAUGCUCCUUGCUGCUUGCUCUACCCAGAGUUCCUGGAGCUCACAGAUGGCAAAGUUAUUUUGACUGUCCGCUCGAGUGCAAGUGACUGGAGGAAAUCUGUCCUUGAUACAGUUGGGCGUCUCCCCCUUUCCUUCUUCAAGCAUCCAUUCACCUUUUACUCUUUCACCAGAAACUUUGCUGGGGUUUUGGAUCCUUGGGUUUAUGAACGAAUUGGUGGCAUCGCUGAAUUAGGACAGAUGGAUGUUCCAAAGGAAUCAGUGCAUGAUUAUGAGGGAAAAUUGGAAUCUGCCUACACACAAUGGAUUGAAAAUGUCAAAGCGCAGGUCCCCCCAGAAAAGCUCCUGGUCCACCAUCCCAAGGAUGGAUAUCCCCCACUCUGUGAAUUUCUAGGAAUCAAGGAGGAGGAUUGCCCAAAGGAAGAUUACCCCCAUAUUGCUGAUACUGAUACCAUGCAACUCUUGAUUCGAAGUUUUGAGGUUACAACAGAAGUCUUUUUUCCAGUGGUUGGAUUAAUGGUGCUGUUGCCAGUAAUUUUCAUUCGAAAAUCCAUUGGGGGCAAAAAGGGCGGAGCAAGCAAUAGUAAAGGCAUGAAGUCUGAUUGA